AUGACUAGUGCAUAUAAAAUAUACCGAGUUGACGCUGAUAUCCUGAAGACCUGGAGUGCUUAUGCAAAGGAAUACGAUCCCUUGAAAGCCGGGAGUAUUGACACUACUGACACUGUGCCCCACGAUAAAGCAAUUACCAGAGCAAUUAACUCACAUUACGAGCCACCUAAAGGCUUGAAAUCCAAUCCAUCUAGAACACUGUUUGUCGCACGGUUUGGAGCUAAAGUUGAUGAACGAGACUUGCAGGAUUAUUUUUCUACCAUCGGCGACGUCAAAUCUGUGAAAAUAAUCCUGGAUGUAGUAACCGGAGAGUCGCAGGGCUACGGCUUUGUGGAGAUGUCCAGUGAAGAAGAAGCGCGAAGAGCUGUCAGACGAUUAAAUGAGGGCAAUUUACGUGGGUCCAAGAUUUUCGUCGACCACGAGUGUGGGAGAACGAUGAAAGGCUGGAAGCCGAGACGAUUGGGUGGCGGUUUCGGUGGAAAGAAGGAGUCAGGCCAAUUGAGAUUUGGAGGAAGAGAUAGACCGUUCAAGAGGCCCAUACUACCAGGCAUUAGAAAAUAA